ACUAAUAGACUGCGUUAAUAGGAUUGUGAGGAGCGAUUUAGUCCUCUGAGGCUUCCCUCACUUAUAUACGGUCACAGUCAGGGGAGCCCGAGGGACAUGAAGGAUUUUCAGCUCCCAGCCAUCAAAGCACGCCUAUGGCCAAAGCAAAAAGUGAGCAAAAAAUCCAAAGACGAGGCUCCAGUGGUGGAAACGACAGCCAAGAAGCCCCCGGACUCUGCCGCCAUGUGUGCCAUCCCACAGCUGAGCGAAUCACAGAGAAUCAGGCAGUCGCCAUUUGAGAGGGUCGUCUAUGACAUGGCCAACAACGAGAAGAUCGUGAACGACCUGAUGCUCGGUCGAAGAGUUGGCUUCUACGAGCUCCGUGGAGAGGUUGGGCAGGGAAAUUUCUCCACAGUCAGGUUGGGCAUCCACGCCUUGACAAAAGAGAGAGUCGCUAUUAAAAUUAUAGACAAGCCACGCCUGGAUAAAAGGAGCCAGCCGAUGACUUCCUCAGAGAUCAGCUGCAUGGAGAAGCUGUGCCACCCCAACAUAGUGCGACUGUACGAGGUGAUGGAGACCAGCAGGAAGCUGUAUCUGGUGAUGGAGUACGGCAGCAGUGGAGACCUGUUCUCACGAAUCACCACCAGGGGGAAGCUUGACAACCUCGAAACCAAGCUGGUCUUUGCACAAGUCAUCUGUGCUGUUAAACACAUGCAUGACAACAACAUCGUCCACAGAGACCUUAAGGCGGAGAACAUCUUCUACACCACUAGCUACUGCAUCAAGGUUGGAGAUUUCGGCUUCAGCACAGAGAGCGGCCCUAAUGAGCUCCUCACCAACUUCUGUGGCUCACCACCAUACGCUGCUCCUGAACUGUUUAAGAAUAAAGGUUACAUUGGACGCUAUUCAGACACCUGGGCUUUAGGGAUUCUCUUGUACUUCAUGGUGACGGCCACUAUGCCCUUUUACGGGGACAAACUGGGAAAGCUGAAGCGCUGCAUCCUUCAGGGGGCUUUCAGUAUCCCUCCUUAUGUGCCCGAACCAUGCCAGCUUGUCAUCAAGGGCAUGCUGCGGCCUGUGCCCGUUGAUCGCUUGUCUCUCACAGAGAUUACAAACAGUACUUGGCUGCAGGGGAUUGAGUACCCUCGUCCGUAUGUCUCGUUGCCCCUGUCCCCGGCACACUUUGCCCAGGCCAGCCAGGCUCUGUGUGUGGAGGAGCAGGAGGUGAAGAGUUUGCUGUCAGAUCUGGGUAUUGUGACAGUUCAUUUCCAAAACAAUCCCUGCUUAGACUGUAGGAGCCCGUUGACUGGGACCUACCGAAUCCUUCUCCAUCGGGUCCAGAAGAGGAGGUCAGUGGAGGCUGUGGGUUAUUCAAUGCUUCACCCUGGUGAGUACGGGAGUCCGAAGAAGUGGUCCUUAUCACCUGUGAACAAACACAAUCCCUCAGCUGUCUGUGUUGUACUCUAAUGAGAAAUCACUGGACUGGACUUGUUUUAGUUGUGGCACUUUAUCACAUUCACAUGUGUCCACUAGCUCACUAACACUCCUUCAAUCAGUUC